CUGCUGCUGCAGAUCGAAAAGCAUUGUUCUCGGCGGCGAUGGCCGUCUGGGCAGGAGAGCAGGAAGGAGCUGGACCGCAAGGCCCGCGAAGGCGAGACCGUCGUCCCCGGCGGCACCGGCGGCAAGAGCCUCGAGGCCCAGGAGCACCUCGCCGAAGGGCGCAGCCGCGGCGGGCAGACGCGGAGGGAGCAGCUGGGGCAGGAGGGGUACAGCGAGAUGGGGAGGAAGGGCGGCCUGAGCACCAACGUUGAGUCCGGCGGCGAGCGCGCCGCCAGGGAGGGCGUCGACAUCGACGAGUCCAAGUUCACCACCAAGUCCUAG